AUGACUGUUGGAGAAAAAAAUAUUAACAAGAUAAAUAAAACCAUCUUACUUGUGGGUGAAAGAGGAGCAGGAAAAUCUACUCUGAUCAAUGCUCUGCUCAGCUACACCAUGGGGGUAAAGCGGGAGGAUGAAGUCUGGUUUCAGAUCGUAAGUGAGGAAAAAAGUCAGACAUCAGAUGUGAUCGUGUACGAGAUCUUUGGGUUUGAAGAUGAAACCCUGCCCUACUCUCUGACCAUCAUUGAUACUCCUGGAUAUGGAGACACCAGAGGACUGGAACAUGAUGACAUCAUCAGUGAAAGAUUAUUGGACUUGUUUCGAUCAGAUGACGGAGUUCAUGAAGUUCAUGCAGUGGGUCUGGUGAUGAAGGCCAGUGUGAAUCGACUGAGUGACCGACUGAUGUAUGUCUUUGAUUCAAUGACGUCUCUGUUUGGAAAAGACAUGGAGAAAAACAUCACAGCUCUCAUCACACACUCAGAUGGAAACAGGCCUGAUAAUCCUUUAAAAGCUCUUGAAGUUGGGAAUAUUAAAUGUGCCAAAAAUGAGAAGAACGAGCCUGUUCACUUCUUGUUUGAUAACUGCCAGUGUGAAAAGCGAGCAGAGGAAAACACAAUUUCAGAAAAUUUAUGGGAUCUUACACAGAAAAACAUGGAUCAAUUGACAGACUUCUUAGAAAAAUCUAGUCCUCAAAAAGUGAUGAAAAUAGCUGAAGUGUUAAAUGAACGAAUCAGACUGAAAGCCUGCAUCCAAAACCUGAAAGAGAGAAUCGACCUGGAGCAGAUCGCUCUGAAAGCUGCUUCAGUGUCCACUAUUGUCCCCUUGGAGCUCCUGAUUGAGAAGAUGGAGGAGAAAGAAGACACAGAGAAGGCCCAGAAACUGAAGGAGAUGAGAAUUUAUUGGGAGCUGGAGUUGGCCAAGCCUGGUCUAGAUGGUGCUCUGUCUAUCCCUCGGCUCCUCGGCACAAUACCCUCCUCCAUACUAGAUCAUGGGGUCCUGGAGAAAAAGGACACUCUGAGGAAUCCAGUGCAACUUACCCCCAAAAAGUUCACCAGGAUCCUUUGA